AUGCUCAUCCUGGAACUGGAGGAGCCGAGGGGCUGCGAGCCAGGCACCAGCCAUGAGCAGCCCGCUGCUCCUGCUGCUGCUCCUGCUGCUGCUCCUGCUGCGCGGCCCGGCCGCCGGGCGCCCCCCGCCCCACCGCUACCCCCCCGCCUCAGGCUGGCCUUCCCGGAGCUGCGGGCCCGCCACGGGCUGCGCCUCUUCCAGCUGGAGCGCUCGUGCUGCUACGAGGCCCUGCUGCUGGACGAGGAGCGCGGCCGCCUCUUCGUGGGUGCCAAGAACCACCUGGUGUCGCUGAGCCUGGACAACAUCAGCCAGCGGGACAGGAAGAUCUACUGGCCUGCACCGGUAGAGUGGAGGGAAGAGUGCAACUGGGCUGGCAAGGACAUCACCGCCGAGUGCAUGAACUUCGUGAAGAUCCUGCACGCCUACAACCGGACCCACCUGUAUGCCUGUGGCACCGGCGCCUUCCACCCCACCUGUGCCUUCGUGGAGGUCGGCCAGCACACGGAGGACCACGUCUUCAAGCUGGACCCACGGCACGCUGAAGAUGGCAAGGGAAAGAGCCCCUAUGACCCCCGGCACACAGCCGCCUCUGUUCUCGUGGGUGAGGAGCUCUACUCAGGGGUGGCCACCGAUUUGAUGGGGCGCGACUUUACCAUCUUCCGCAGCCUGGGUCCGCGCCCGUCCAUCCGUACUGAGCAGCACGACUCCCGCUGGCUCAACGAGCCCAAGUUCGUGGACGUUUUUUGGGUGCCUGAGAGUGAGAACCCCGACGACGACAAAAUCUACUUCUUCUUCCGUGAGACGGCGGUGGAGCGGCAGCAGGGGCUGGGCAAGACCAGCUUCACCCGCAUCGGCCAGAUCUGCAGGAACGACGUGGGCGGGCAGAGGAGCCUGGUGAACAAGUGGACGACGUUCCUGAAGGCCCGGCUGGUCUGUGCUGUGCUGGGCGCCGACGGUGCUGACACGUACUUCGACGAGCUCCGUGACGUCUUCCUGCUGCAGACAAGGGACAAGCGCAACCCCUUGGUCUAUGCGGUCUUCUCCACCUCCAGCUCCGUCUUCCAGGGCUCGGCUGUCUGUGUCUACACCAUGGCUGACAUCCGCCGGGCUUUCCUGGGGCCCUUUGCGCACAAGGAGGGCCCCAACUACCAGUGGGUGCCGUACCAGGCUCGUGUGCCAUACCCCCGCCCAGGCAUGUGCCCCAGCAAAACCUUCGGCACCUUCAGCUCCACCAAGGACUUCCCAGAUGAGGUGAUCCAGUUUGCCCGGCACCACCCGCUCAUGUACAACCCGGUGCUGCCCCACGGCCAGCGGCCCCUCUUCCUGCAAGCCGGCGUGCCCUACACCUUCACCCGCAUCGCCGUUGACCGCGUCUCUGCUGCUGAUGGCCACUACGACGUCCUCUUCAUUGGCACAGAUGUUGGCACCGUGCUGAAGGUGGUCUCAGUGCCCCAGGAGAGGUGGCAUGGCAUGGAGGAGCUGCUGCUGGAGGAGCUGCAGGUCUUCCAGGAUGCGUCCCCCAUCAUCAGCCUGCAGCUCUCCUCCAAGCGGCAACAGCUCUAUGCCGGCUCGACCACGGCAGUGGCCCAGUUGCCUCUGCACCGCUGCAGUGCCUACGGCAAAGCCUGCGCCGAGUGCUGCCUGGCCAGGGACCCGUACUGUGCCUGGGACGGCACCGCCUGCACCCGCUACGUGCCCAGCACCAAAAGGCGUUCCCGCCGGCAGGAUGUCCGCAAUGGGGACCCCAACCUGCUCUGCUCUGAAGGUGAGGGGGGGACCGGUGGGGCACGGCGGCCCUGCCGGGCUGGGGCUGACAUGAGGCCUCGUCCCGCAGAGCCACGGCGGGGCCGCGUGCCCCAGAGGCAGCUCUACGCAGUGGAGGGUAGCAGCACCUUCCUGGAGUGCGUGCCCAGGUCCCUGCAAGCCCGCGUGCUCUGGACCUACCAGCACAGCCCCGAUGCUCCCCAGCGAGAGGUGCAGCUGGACGAGCGGGUGGUUUGGACGGAGCGGGGGCUGCUCCUGCGCAGCGUCCAGCGCUCCGACGCUGGCCUCUACCUGUGCCGCGCCACCGAGCACGGCUUUACCCAGCCCCUGCUGCGCUUGGCGCUGGAGGUGAUCGCCGCCAGCCGGGCGGCAGGGCCGCUGUCCCCGGGUGCCCCCGCGCCCUCCCGCACGCUCUGGUACCGGGACUUCCUCCAGCUGCUGGAGCGGCCGGAGGCGGCCUGCGAGGGGCCGAGGGCGGCUCGCGGUCCCCCCGCACCCAGGCCGGGCCCCCCGCGCGGCCCGGAGAGGAGCCGCGGGCCGCCCGCCGCCGCCGCACCCGGGGAGGGCCACGGGGCCCCCGCAGCGCUUCCCCCUGGUGACACCGGGCCCGGGCACCGGGCGCUGCCUAGGAGCGGGGACCGGGCCUGACUCUGCCGCGUGGCGAGAGGGGCUCGCAGUGGCCGUGGGGGGGGCUCCCAGCCGGGCGCGGGCCCCGCUCUAUUUAUUAACAGCUGGUAGCAGCGGACGCGCACCUGGCCGAGGCGGCCCCGGUAUGGCAAGGGGGCCCUGGGGGCGCGGGAGCAGCCGCACUGCGGGGUCGGAGGGGGGGGCCCGGGCGAUGCAGGCAGGGGGCAGGUGGGAGCCACCCCUGUCUUGUACUAAUUGAGCUCAAUAAAGCAGAGGAGUCAGCACAGGG